UUAAACAACAUUUGAUGAAAUUGAAUUAAUUAAAUUCACUAAGAAAAUCGCAUUUUCUGUAGUUAUAGUACAUUUUAAGCUAUUAAGAUACAUUCAUUUAAUAAUAUUAAGUUAAAGGAAUUCGAGUAAAAUGGAAGAUAAAAUCAAAAAUCCAGAAAUACAAAAUUCACAACAUUUUGGAACAAACUUAUCACUAGAAAGCAUCAAAAUCAUUGCUGAAUCUAUAGGAAUCGGAAACUUAUCAGAUGCAGCUGCAAAGGAAUUAAGUGAUGACAUUAGUUUUAAACUGAAGCAGAUAAUUCAGGAUGGACAAAAGUUUAUGCAUCAUGCGAAAAGAUCACGUCUAUCAGCAUCUGAUGUUGAUUCGUCACUUAAAAUAAGAAAUUUAGAACCACAAUAUGGAUUCAUCAGUAAAGAGUUCAUUCCUUUUCGUUUUGCAAGCGGUGGAGGACGUGAAUUGUAUUUUACUGAGGAGAAAGAAAUUGAUUUAAAUGAUCUAAUGACAACGACAGCUCCAAAAGCACCACUGGAAGUUACUCUUCGAUCGCAUUGGCUUUGUGUCGAUGGAAUUCAACCAACUAUUCCUGAAAAUCCACCUCCAUUGGCGAAAGAUGCUCAAAUACAAGAUUCUGUGAAUCCAGUAAAGAAAUUAGAAAAGACGGAUUUAAAGGACACAAGCGGAAAACCUGCAAUUAAGGCACAUAAAUUAAAAACAUUCGAAACUGUUCAUAUUAAACAGCUUGCACAACAUGAACUGUCUGUUGAACAGCAAUAUUAUUAUAAAGAAAUCACAGAAGCUUGCGUUGGUGCUGAUGAAGGAAGAAGAGCUGAGGCACUUCAAUCACUCUCCUGUGAUCCUGGAAUUCAUGAAAUGCUGCCAAGAAUGUGUACAUUUAUAGCAGAAGGUGUUAAAGUUAAUGUAGUUCAAAACAACUUGGCGAUUCUUAUAUACCUUAUGAGAAUGGUACGAGCACUUCUCGAUAAUCCAGCUCUUUACCUUGAGAAAUAUCUUCACGAGUUAAUUCCAUCUGUUUCAACCUGCAUCGUAUCAAAACAAUUGUGUCAACGUCCUGAAGUCGAUAAUCAUUGGGCAUUAAGGGAUUUUGCAGCGAAACUUAUGGCUCAGAUUUGUAAAAAUUUUAACACAUCAACUAAUAAUCUCCAAACCCGUGUAACUCGAUUAUUCAGCACAGCGUUGCAAAAUGAUAAAGUUCCACUAUCGUCCUUGUAUGGUGCAAUUGAAGGCUUAUCAGAAUUAGGACAUGAAGUCAUCAAAGUUUUCAUAAUUCCCCGAUUAAAAUUCAUCUCUGAAAGAGUCUGCAACAUGCAAGCUGCUGAUAUAAGUAACACAGAAAGAAAUGCAGCUGGACAUAUUCGAGCUCUACUAGCGAAAGUUUGUGCUCCUGUUUUGAAAACGAUGAGACCUGCUCCAGAUGUUUUGGAAGAUUAUAAGAGAGACUUCGGAUUUUUGGGUCCUGCCUUGCAUCAAAGUGUUAUGAAAGCAAGACAGACUCCAAAUACUGCUCAACCAACAUCCUCAGCAUCAAUUUCAGUUCCAUCAGUAACUCCAAGGAUUACAACGACACCUAUUCAACGUCAAAUUUCGCAGACUCAGCAGGGACAACAAAAGUUUUAUGUCACAAAAGCAAGUUCGCCAUCCACAACACCAGCAAAUAUUGUAAAAAUACAACAGAAUCCAAAAAUCUUUAUUCAGUCAACGCCCAAAGCUGUCUCAUUCGUGAAUGCAUCAAAUCAGUCUCUACAAGAACAUGAGCUUGACGAUUUAUCCCAUUUAGCUUAAGAACUUGUGGAUACAAUUUUAGAUAAAAUCGAUAAGUAAUAAAAUAUUUUAUUCAAGUUUCAACAUAUAACAAUUAAGUAUGUAUUUACUUAAAUCACAAUAACAUAAGUCAUUAUUUGUAUAAACCUAACUUUUUACAAAAUCAGUUUUUUGAUUAUUCUUUAGAAUUUUGCGAAUUUCGAUUUUUUCGAAUCAUGCCAAUCGAAAUUUUUGCGAGAUUUUUAUCCACAUUUCUUAGAAAUGCUUUUUAAGUAAAUUUAACAAUCCCUUCCAACUACUCUAUCUUACAAAUUUUUCUUCAUCAAGGACAUCAAAUUUUUAGAUUCUGUGGAACCAGCUGCGUUAAUCAUACUUUUGAAUAUUCCGUCAGUUUUAAGCAAAUUUUCAGGCGUAUCGUAUUCUGCUAGUUUUCCGAAAUUCAUUACUAUAAUUUUAUCAGAAUCCAUAACAGUAUGAAGACGAUGUGCAAUUGUCAAGACAGUACAGUUUAUGAAUUUUUCUCGGAUUGUCUGUUGAAUCAACCCAUCAGUUUCAGGAUCAACAUUAGCAGUAGCUUCAUCAAGAACCAGAAUUUUAUUUUGACGUAAAAUGGCUCUUGCCAAGCAAAUUAACUGCCGCUGUCCAACACUAAAAUUACUACCUCCUGCUGCCACUAAAGAUUGGAGUCCUUGUAUCCUCAAUCCUUCAAUGUCUUUCAAUUUUACAUCCUCUAAUGCUUUCCAUAAAGCAUCAUCUUGAUAAUCAUCAAAUGGAUCUAAAUUCUUUCUCAUCGUGC